AUGCGCGCCCACUCCGCAGCCUUGCACAGCGCGCUCUUCACGGCACUCUUGAUCCUCAUCCUCCCGUCGUGCUUGGCAUCCAAACAUGUCCCCGGCCUCCCAGCUCUGCGCCUCCAGACGCGACCUGGACUCUGCUACGAGGCUUGCGAGUCGACUCUGCACGACAUCCGGUUCGUCGACGAGCACGCCAAGCGGAACAAGUACACCCGGCGCGCGUCGAGCGUCCUCUGGCUCACCUCUGCUGUCCACUGCAUGGACAAGCGGUGUGAUGCCGGCAGCAUGAGCGAGGGGUACAGGGUUAUGCGGAAUACAUUCCUACAUGAGGCCGACGUGGACAUCGGUACUGACCCGGACCAGUACCGCAACGCGACGCUCCUCGAGUCAUGUCAAGACGUCCACACCCUCAGCCGUGAGGCCGAGAAGCGCACCUUUAACACCACGGUCUUGCCCGAGCGGCACGAUUGGGAGGUGGCGUACAAUACCUUGUACACAUGGGACGUCAACAUGAUCUACCACCACGGCUUCGACGAGUUCCUCUACCUCCUACUAGGUAUCAUGCUGGCGUGUGGGAUCGCCGAUCACGUCGUAGGCUGGCUUCGACGGUCUUGUGGCGGUGCAGCUUCGGGCGAUGUCAAGUACACGUCGCUGGUCGACUCCGGCUCCAUCGAUCUUGCAGGCAGCUCCUGGUCUCAGCGCUACCUGACAUGGUACCGAAAAUAUAUCGACACACCAGCUCUGUUUGGGUACCGCCACGUCCAGGCGGCUUGGGGUGGCUGGGUGUCGCUACCGACCAGAUUGGAGAGCACCAUCAUUGGCCUCUACAUCGCGGCAAACGUUCUGUUUACGCUAUGCCCGUAUCCCAUGGCACCAGAGAAUCGCUUCUGGCCAGGCCGCCCUGACCAAGAGCUCUCGCGUUACAUCGCAGACCGCACCGGCAUCAUGUGCUUCUGGAAUUUGCCGCUACUGUGGGCGCUGGCGGGCCGCAACAACGUUGUCCUCUGGCUGACCUCGUGGUCGUACAGCUCUCUCAACAUGUUUCACAGAUGGGUCGCGCGUGUGGCUACAGCUCAGGCCGUCAUCCACUCACUCGCAUACCUCUAUUACGGCCUCGCGACGGGCAAGACGCUCAAACACUUAUGGCACAAGCAAUACUGGGCGAUGGGCGUCAUCGCGACUGGCGUCAUGGUCGCUCUACUCCCGUUGUCGCUUCGACCUCUCCGCGAGUCUGCCUACGAGCUCUUCCUUCGCCUACAUAUCGCCCUCGCCUUGGCAUGCCUUGUCCUCCUCUUCUACCACGUCAAAGUGAUGGACGGGGCGUACGACGCGUGGCUCUGGUGGUGUAUCGGGCUGUGGGUCUUUGACCACCUACUCCGUCUCGUGCGCAUCGCCAUAUUGUCCUUCAGUUCCAUCGGACAGAGAAACACGUAUGCGGAGAUCACGGGUGGAGGGAACGGCCUCUUGCGGUUCGCGAUACAAACAACCCGGCGGUUCGAUCCCAAGCCCGGCGCGUACUUCUUCCUCUACACGCCCUACACACUUUCGCCAUGGGAGAAUCACCCGAUGACACUCGGAUCAUGGACUACGACACAGAAGGGCAUGACACUCAACUUCCUCAUCGCUCCACAAGCCGGUGCGACGCAGCGCAUGAAGCGCAGCGUCAUUCGCUCUGGAGGCCGCACAAACAUCAACGUUCUCCUUGAAGGUCCGUACGGGGAGUCUCACGACCUGUCCGGCUUUGACCACGUUCUUCUCAUCUCGGGCGGCGGCGGCGUAACCGGUAUCCUGCCCUACGUCUACACGCUCGCUCAGCGACAGUGCCAUCGCCGCGUCGACGUCGUUUGGGUCGUCCCGAGCGUCGGCUACGCGGUCGACGUGUGCGCGCGGGAACUAUCACCGAAGACCACCCCCGGCAUCAACGUCCGCGUCUACAUGUCGAGAGAGCAGGGAGUCAUGGCUGAGGAUGUUGUGUGCGCCCUCCCACCCGACAUCGAGGUGGCGUGUGACGGAGACGGGGACGACGACGGGACGCUGGGCGAUGACGGGGACGAAAGCGAUACGGCUCUGGAAGAGGGCGAGCAGUCGUCCCUUCUCAAGACGAUAUCGCCCUCGGCGGCACGAGCUACUGGUGACACCGAUGGCAAGCUACGAGUGUCGAGUGGGCGACCCAGCAUGGCCGCGGUCCUCAGCCGCGCAAUCAACCGACUUGAAGGGCGCGAGCGACUAGUCGUGCUGUCGUGCGGGCCUGCGGCGAUGAUGGACGACUUGCGGGCUGCGGUAUGUGAGUCGUAUGGUGAUGAGCAUGGGCAGGUUAGUGGUGAUAGACUGGUGUACUACGAGGACUCGUUUGGGUGGUAA